AUGGCGGGCAGCAGCGAUGACGGAUCCCCGGCUCCUAGGAGAGCGCGAGCCCCGACAAUCACUAUAGACACCACCGCUGUCGGUGGCUCCGCACCCGUGGACAUGUCUUCCGACAGACAGGCCCAGGCGCAAGGCCAGUCCAACUCGCCAGUGUCUCCCACGGACAAGGGUGAUAUCUCUCCGGCGACCGUGGUGGACCCGCUAGCCCGGAGUUGGACCGGGGGCCAUUCGGCGCGCAGCUCUAUCAGUGGCCGGCCCGAUUUCCAGACCUCACCCUCGUUCGAGAGCAAGGAAAGCCGUCCGACCAGCCCACAUAAUGUGUCGAGCCCCUCGAGGGCAAACGAACGCACCCAGGGCUUCCUCGCCGUCCCGCGCAACCACAGGUCUCGGCAGAACUCUGUCGACUCGGAUGAUGGCUCAAGGUCCAUGACGUCGACGCAGGGCGAAACCAUCGCCGUCUCGGGCUCGUACAGCACCGAGAAGCCCCGGAAAUCGACCGACAUGCCGUCUAAUGAUAAGAUCAGGAACGACCCCAACGCCCUCAAGCCGGACCUGGGCAAGGAGGAGUCGUUUGUGGUUACCAAUAACCCAUUUGCCUUCAGCCCUGGUCAGCUCAGCAAGAUGUUCAACCCCAAAAGCCUGUCAGCAUUCUACAAGCUUGGUGGUCUGAACGGCUUGGAAAAAGGCCUGCGGACCGACCGCAAGGCCGGCCUGAGUCUCGACGAGCUCAACGUUGACGGUGCCGUCUCUUUCGAGGAGGCAACGAAUACGCCCAACGCGAAGUUGAUGACCGAAGGCGCUGACGCCCCUCGUCGACCGCCGUCGCGGGCCGCCGACGGACAUGCCAGAAAUCACGAGCCCUUCUGCGACAGGAAGCGGGUGUACAACGACAACAGGCUACCAGAGAAGGAAGGCAAGACGUUGCUGCAACUGAUGUGGAUCACCUUCAACGACAAGAUCCUGCUCUUGCUGUCUGGAGCCGCCGCCAUCUCGCUUGGCGUCGGGCUGUACGAGACAUUCGGCCCCAGGGAGCACAAGACUGGGCCCGCAGUUGAGUGGGUUGAGGGCGUGGCAAUCAUCGUGGCCAUCGUCAUCGUCGUCCUCGUCGGUUCGCUCAACGACUGGCAAAAGGAACGUCAGUUCGCGAAGCUCAACAAGAAAAAGACGGACCGGCUUGUCAAAGUGGUGCGGUCCGGCAAAGCACUUGAGAUGUCCGUCUUUGACGUUUUGGUCGGUGACGUGAUGCAUCUCGAAACGGGCGAUAUGAUCCCUUGCGACGGAAUCCUGAUCGAGGGCCACAACAUCAAGUGCGACGAGUCUCAGGCCACGGGAGAAUCCGAUCUUAUCAGGAAGCGAGGCGCCGAAGAGGUCUAUUCGGCAAUCGAAAACAACGGCGACCUCAAAAAGAUGGAUCCUUUUAUCCAGUCUGGUGCUCGUGUUAUGGAGGGUGUCGGCACGUUCCUUGUUACGGCUACUGGCGUGAACUCGAGCUACGGCCAGACCCUCAUGUCGCUGCACGAUGAUCCCGAGAUCACGCCGCUGCAAUCCAAGCUGAACGUCAUCGCCGACUACAUCGCCAAGCUCGGAGGCGCUUCGGCUCUGCUCCUGUUCGUCGUCCUCUUCAUCCGCUUCCUCGUCAACCUCCCCAACGAGCCCCCUUCGGUCACUCCGGCCAUGAAGGGCCAGAGCUUCCUCGGAAUCUUCAUUGUUGUGGUCACCAUCAUCGUUGUUGCCGUGCCCGAAGGCUUGCCGUUGGCUGUAACUCUGGCCCUCAGUUAUGCCACGGCAAAGAUGGUGAAGCAAAACAACCUAGUGCGCCAACUCAAGGCUUGCGAGGUUAUGGGCAACGCGAACACUAUCUGCUCGGACAAAACCGGUACUCUCACUCAGAACAAGAUGAAGGUGGUGGAAGGCACGGUGGGCACUACCCAUCGCUUCAGCGCCGACGCAGGCUUGGAUCCCGAGCCGGGCUCGCCCUCAACCGAGAGCAAGCCUCUCAGCCCCACCGAGUUUACUGGUCUGCUGAGCGCGCCUGUCAAGGACUUGUUUGUUCAAUCAGUUGCCCUCAACUCGACUGCUUUCGAGGGUCAGGUUGACGGCGAGGAGAGCUUCGUGGGCUCCAAGACAGAGACGGCGCUGCUUCUCUUCGCCCGCGACCAUCUCGGCAUGGGUCCAGUCAACCAGGAGCGCGAGAACUCCAAGACGCUCCAGCUGUUCCCCUUCGAUUCUGGCCGCAAGUGCAUGGGAAUUGUCGUGCAGCUCCCCAACGGAAAGGCACGGCUUUACGUUAAGGGUGCCUCUGAAAUCCUCCUCGGAAAGUGCACCCACAUCCUGCGCGAUCCUUCCAAGGACGCCACAGCGACGGCUAUCACCGAAGACAAUAUGAAUGGGCUCAAGAUGCUUAUCGCGAGCUAUGCCCGCAAGUCUCUCAGGACCAUUGGCCUUUUGUACCGCGAUUUCGAUCGCUGGCCUCCGGCACGCGCGAGGCGCCACGAUGGGGAUUCCGAUGAGGUCGUGUUCGAAGACAUCUUCAGGCACAUGACGCUGCUGAGCAUCGUGGGCAUCAAAGACCCCCUGCGCGAGGGCGUCCGCGAGGCCGUGAAGGACUGCCAGCGCGCUGGUGUGGUUGUGCGCAUGGUCACUGGCGACAACGUCAUGACGGCCGAGGCCAUUGCUCACGACUGCGGAAUUCUGCAGCCCGACAGCAUCAUUAUGGAAGGACCCGAGUUCCGUAACAUGACCCAGGCGCAGCAGGACGAAAUCGUCCCCCGCCUGCAUGUACUGGCACGAUCGAGCCCUGACGACAAACGGAUUUUGGUCAAACGCCUCAAGGACUUGGGACAGAUCGUUGCCGUGACUGGAGAUGGAACCAAUGACGCUCCGGCCUUGAAAAUGGCGGACGUUGGCUUUUCCAUGGGUGUUUCGGGAACUGAGGUCGCCAAGGAGGCCUCCGCCAUCAUCCUCAUGGACGAUAACUUCAGCUCCAUCGUGGUGGCGCUGAAAUGGGGUCGUGCUGUCAAUGAUGCCGUCAAACGCUUCCUGCAGUUCCAGCUCACCGUCAACGUUACCGCCGUUCUACUCACGUUCGUUUCGGCCGUCUCCAACCCGCAUCAACAGGCCGUCCUGUCGGCAACUCAGCUCCUCUGGGUUAAUCUCAUCAUGGACACGCUUGCGGCACUCGCUUUGGCCACGGACCCUCCGCACCCGAGUGUGCUCGAUCGCAAACCGGAACCCCGCGGCUCGCCCAUUAUUUCUGUCACCAUGUGGAAGAUGAUUCUCGGCCAAGCCGUCUACCAGCUCUCAGUCACAUACCUCCUCUACUUCGGCAGGCGCAGCGUCCUCCCGGCAUAUGACCAGGAUGUUCAGGAAGCUCAGAUCGAGACCUUGGUCUUUAACACCUUUGUGUGGAUGCAGAUCUUCAACCAAUGGAACAAUCGUCGCCUGGACAACCGCUUCAACAUCUUCGAGGGCAUCAGCAAGAACCCCUUCUUUAUCAUCAUCAGCAUCGUCAUGUGCGGUGGUCAAGCCCUCAUUGCCCAGUUUGGUGGCGUCGCCUUCAACAUCGCUCCGACUGGCCAGACGCCUGCCAUGUGGGGUUAUGCCAUAUUCCUGGGCUUCUUGUCGAUUCCCUUUGGCAUGAUCAUUCGCCUUAUCCCCGACGCGCUUCUCGUGAAGCUCGUCCCCGAUUCGCUCAAGCGCCGGGCGCACAACAAAGUGCCCGGAGUAACCGUCUCGGACGACGAUGAGCGGUUCCAGGCCUACCCGACUCCGUUUGUCGAGGUCCGGGACGAGCUCGCGUUCCUCAAGCGAGUCAAGGGCGGCCGACUUAACAACUUGAAGUUUGCCAUGGCGCACCCGAGGGAGACGUUCCUGCCAAAGUACAAGAGCCCGUCUCAUUCGCGCACGCACUCCCGUUCGCACUCGAGAUCCGACUCGAUCCAGAUGCCGCACACACCGACUCGGGAGGAUAGCAUCGGCUCAUUCAUCGCCACGCCAGACUCGCGGAAGCGGUCGAGGUCUAUGAGGUCACGAUCCAACUCGGCCCUGGGAGCGGCGACGGUCAUGGCUGGCAUCGUUGCUGGCGGUAUUGGUGCCACGUGGUCGCCCAUCGACCGCGACCGCGACUUUGGAAUGUUCCCUCGGCAGCCGUCACCCCUUGUCAAGCGCAGCGACAGCGACCCGAUGGACAGCGCUGCCGCCGGCUCUUCAAGCAUGCUUGUUGAGAGCAACCUGACGGCCGAACCCCAGGAGAUCAGCGAGGCGCGCGACGAUGUCCCCACUCUCAGCGUCCCCAAGCCGCCGGCGGCACGUCAGAGCAAAGACAAUAGUGAAGCCUAG